GUUUAUAACCAGAAACAGAUCCUUUUCUCCUUUAUAAAACCCACUCUCUCAAAACCCUAGAUUUAUUGGAGUAAACCUUCGUAUAAACAAACAGAUCGAUAUCAAAAGGCGAUCGUUUGUUUCUGAAGCAAUGGCGCUGAUCUUGUAUUCUCCCAAGCAAAACAAGAACAUCUACAAGGCUCUAAUUGCUGCAGAAUAUGUUGGUGUUGAAAUUAAAGUAGCUGAAAAUUUUGAGAUGGGUGUGUCAAACAAGACUCCUGAGUUUCUUAAGAUGAACCCUAUUGGAAAGGUUCCUGUUCUCGAGACUCCCAAUGGGCCUGUGUUUGAAAGCAAUGCAAUUGCUCGCUACGUUGCACAUGGAAGUUCUCUCUUUGGUUCUUCGCAGAUAGAAUAUGGCCAAAUUGAGCAGUGGAUUGAUUUCUCUGCAUUAGAGCUUGAUGAAAAUAUCAGAGGCUGGUUUAUUCCAAGAUUGGGAUAUGCCAACUACAUCAAACCUUACGAGGAGAAAUGUAUUUCUGCUGUGAAGAGAGCCCUUGAAUCUCUCAACACAUAUCUUGCCACACACACUUUUCUGGUCGGUGAUUCCGUGACGUUGGCUGACAUCAUCAUGACAUGCAACUUGUUACUGGGUUUCAAACUCUUGAUGCCAAAGAGCGUUACAUCUGCGUAUCCUCACGUUGAGAGGUAUUUCUGGACCAUGGUUAAUCAACCCAAGUUUAGCAAGAUAAUCGGUGAAGUGAAGCAGACAGAAGCCACCAUUCCGCUACCUUCAGCAAAGAAACCCGAGGCUAAACCAAAAGCUGAGCCUAAAAAAGAAGCCCCUAAACCCAAAGAAGAAGCCCCUAAGCCUGCAGCUGCAGAGGAGGAAGAGGCACCGAAGCCUAAGCCGAAGAACCCUCUUGAUCUGCUACCUCCUAGUAAGAUGGUUUUGGAUGACUGGAAGAGGCUCUAUUCUAACACCAAGACAAACUUCCGUGAAGUUGCAAUCAAAGGUUUUUGGGACAUGUUUGACACCGAGGGCUACUCUCUUUGGUUUUGCACCUACAAAUACAACGACGAGAACACUGUCUCGUUUGUUACCAUGAACAAGGUUGGUGGAUUCUUGCAGCGUAUGGAUCUUGCACGCAAAUACGCAUUUGGAAAGAUGUUGAUCAUUGGAAACGAGCCACCAUUCAAGGUGAAGGGUUUGUGGUUGUUCCGUGGACAAGAGAUCCCCAAGUUUGUAAUGGACGAGUGCUACGACAUGGAGCUCUAUGAGUGGACCAAGGUUGACCUUUCAGACGAGGCACAGAAAGAACGCGUGAAUCAGAUGAUCGAGGAUGCAGAGCCUUUUGAGGGUGAAGCCCUUUUGGAUGCCAAGUGCUUCAAGUAAUUUUGUUGGGUUUUUUUUUUUUCAAAUGUGGUGUGUUUUAGAACGCUGUUUUGUGAUGUUGUUCAACGUACUAUAACUUAUGCGGUUUUGGUUCUUUACGAGUAAUACUUUCAUCAAGUAAACAAAAUCUAUUUUUGAUUAUUGCUA